GAGAAGGCUGCAGCCCUUGAAAAGUUGGCGGCAGCGUCGGCAGCGGGCCCCAGCCAGCCCGGCCUGGCCACGGGGAAGUCAGCGGCGGCGAUGGCGGCCCCAGCCCGGCAGGAGGGAAGUCGGCGUAGGCAGCGGCGCGGUCAGAGCUAGUUUCUUUGGAGAAGCGUAGUGGCUUCAACGUGAUGGUGGAGGACGAGACAGGUCUCUGCGGCUUUCCUGGCUUUGCCCGCCCAGUUGCUCCAUGCCACGAGAAGGAAGAGCUAUCUGCUGCAUGCUGGAGGCUGGAGCCUGUGGCACCACGGCUCGCCUCGCUUCAGUAGGUGGCAGCGAUGGAGACUGCAGAGCGCCGGAGAGAUCUCUGCCCCUUUGUCUGAAGAGCCAAAAAUGACCAAGUCCUUGGUUGUUUUUCUAAUUCUGACUAAACUUCCAAGAGUACUAUGAAAGAUUAUGAUGAACUUCUCAAAUAUUUUGAAUUACAUGAAACUAUUGGUACAGGUGCCUUUGCAAAGGUCAAACUUGCCUGCCGUAUUUUUACUGGAGAAAUGGUAGCUAUAAACAUCAUGGAUAAAAACACACUAGGGUACUGCCCUGGAGGAGAGCUGUUUGACUACAUAAUUUCCCAGGAUCGCCUGUCAGAAGAGGAGACCAGGGUUGUCUUCCGUCAGAUAGUAUCUGCCGUCGCUUAUGUGCACAGCCAGGGCUAUGCUCACAGGGACCUCAAACCAGAAUAUUUGCUCUUUGAUGAAUAUCAUAAAUUGAAGCUGAUUGACGUUGGUCUCUGUGCAAAGCCCAAGGAGAAUUUUAUCCACAGCCUGGAAUAGAAGCCCGCCUUUGGAUCUCCCCCACGGGUAGAACAGAGCCACCUUUCUCCUCUGUACGGCCUGCAGAAACUGAAAGGGGUGGAGAGGGGAGUUCACAAGAUUUGGUAGCUGCCUGGGAAAUUGUCCAGACAUAAGAACUGACUAAAGGAUGGGUAGUAGAAUCUUUAGGGAGCAGAAGGCAGACUGACGGGGCAGUGGGUAAAUAGAGAGGCCUGAGGGAAGCGCUGGGGGAAGCUAGGAGUCAGGAGUGAGGCAGUGACCAUAGCUACAUAGGCAUGAAAAUGAGGGGCAAAAGUGACCAGACCACACGAUCAUCUCUUAACUCUCUGUCCCUAUAAUUUCUUUUUCUCUAUAUGAGAUAUGACUUUUGGAAAACUGCCUAAAUUUUUUUCACAAAGAACUAUGUAUUUCUGCAUUCAUGUCAAAUGUGUGAGCUCAGGUUGAGAAAAGUGGGCCUGAUGGGGUCAGGUCUAGGAGACAUAAUGUUUCCCACCCUCUGCCCCAUACCCUACUGGGAUUAGCAGCAUCCUCACUGUGGACAGCCAGGUGGCAAGGCCUUCCCCAAGAGACUAUGACCUAGAUACAGAAACAGCAAUCACCAUGUGUGGGUUUCAAAAGCCUGAGAGAUCAAGCUUGAAUUCUUUAACGGACCCUCACACUCAGGCCCUGCCUACCUCCAAGGCUUUAUUUUUGCUACUCACUUCACUCUGCAACCCUGGGCUCCCAACAUUCUUCUAGUUCUCAGGAUGGGUAGUGGUGCCCCCUGUCUCCCUGGCUUUGCACAAGUGCUCCUUCUGCCUCAUGAACUUGUUUAAGACCCAGUUCCAAUGUCACAGUGUUGGUAUAGUCAUUCUUCCUCAGCAUCAAUCACUCUACCACCACCCUCUCCCAAGAACAAGUCAUUUCCUCUCUGUGCUUCCUCACUUGUCCAGAAUGAUAUAUGGCAAAACAUUCCUGUGCUGUCACACAGAGCCUGGGCCUCUUCUUUCCUUCUUUAUGGGUGUCUCAUUCCUGGACCAUGAGUUCUGGGAAGUCAGGGAACAAAUAUUCUUUGUUUUGCCCCUAUUAUCACCUAGCCCAGUACAUGACAUAUGGUAACCACUUGGUAAAGGUCUGGAGGAGUGAACAGAAGACACAUGGAUGACAGAGUGAACUUAUUCAUUAAUUAAUGAAUUAAUCCAAAAUCCUUUUAGUUAUAAAAUGCUAUGCUACAAAUAUUCCUAUUCCAUAUGCAAUAGCAUUGUACAUUAGAAUAUAUUCUAAAUGCAAUAU